CUCUCUCUCUCUCUCUCUCUCUUGCUCGCUCUGUGCAGAAUUGAUAGUGCAUUUGCAGAUCCUUGUACGCAUCAGAGAGUAGAACAUAUAUCUCUUCAAUAGGAUCUGCAAAUUGCACGGACUCGGUUCAAUUCUCUUUGUGAAUUCUGAAGCCUUCUGCUCGGGUCUAUCUGGUCUCCGUGUCUGUGGAUACUGAAGCCUUUUGGAUAGGAUUAUAAUGUUCGCGGUGGCUUGCUGUGGACCGAGUCGCCAUCGAGAGUUAAUUGAAGCAUGCGGGUCCAUUUUUUUGUUGAGGAAGAACGAUGACUAGGCUGAGGACGACAAAUUGCAAGCGAGCCCGAUUUCCGGUUGCUGCUUCUGGCGGACAAAGUGAUGGUUCUCAGCACAUGAGGCCUUGGCAUGGGAGAACUACUGGUCCUACAAGACGCUCCACAACGGGAAAAUGGACUGCCGAAGAGGACGACGUAUUGCGCAGGGCGGUUGAACAUUACAAAGGAAAAAGUUGGAAAAAAAUAGCGGCAUAUUUUAAAGAUCGAACAGAUGUGCAGUGUCUACACAGGUGGCAGAAGGUCUUAAAUCCUGAACUCGUCAAAGGCCCAUGGUCUAAAGAGGAAGAUCAAAUGAUAAUCGAGUUAGUUAAUAGAUAUGGGGCAAAGAAGUGGUCAACCAUUGCAGAAGCAUUACCUGGACGUAUUGGAAAGCAAUGUCGAGAAAGGUGGCACAACCAUCUCAACCCAGCCAUAAACAAGGAACCUUGGACACAGGAAGAGGAGAUGGCUUUAAUUCGUGCUCAUCAAAUUUAUGGGAACAAGUGGGCUGAGUUACAGAAAUUUUUGCCUGGCAGGACAGACAAUGCAAUAAAAAAUCAUUGGAACAGCUCCGUGAAAAAGAAGUUGGAAUCUUAUUUGGCAUCAGGAUUACUGGAACAGUUUCAAGGUCUGCCUUAUGUAGAACAUCCAAGUUCAUUGUCUGUGGGGAUGCAACAGAGCCAAGUGGAUGGGGUUGAAGAAGCUGAAACUUCAGAAUGUAGUCGAGGAUCAUUAGCAGUAGUCAAUUGCUUUCAGUUUGAUUCUGGAACAGCAGAUGCAAUGGAGAAUGUUAGGAGUGAAGAAUCUGAUCAUAGAAAGGGGCAUAAUGUGGAGCACUAUUUAUUACAAACGGCUGAAGCUCCUGAUAUUAAAGAUUGCCAGUAUAGUUCCCAUAAAUUGUCCAACGUCUUUGUGGAUGUCUCGGAGGAAUCAUCAGGGUUUGUUGGAACAUCUGAACAAGGUAAAUGUGAAAAUGAAAGCCACAGCAAAGGUUGUAUUCAGACACAGAGCUCUGCUGGAUUGAACACCUCUGCUACAAUUGAAAACAUUGGUUCUGCUAAAAUGGAUAACCUAUUAUCUGAGAGUGAUCUUCUUGAGAUUACAUUAUCAGAGGCAAGAAGUCUUGAAUGUGUUUUUCAUGGGAAUGUGACAGAACAAUCAAAUGACCAGGAUGGUGCCACGAUUAUGAUAAAUUGCCAAUCUGACUCUCAGAGCUUGGCAACCACCAGAACUUUUGCUUUGGAGUCAUGUGCCCCUCUAAAGGAUGUCGUAGGAGGAAUUUCAGAUUUUGAGGCCAUUCCAAUUUCAAGUGAUGAUUUCAUCUAUGUAGACUCUCUUGGUAUAGAUGCAGAUGAAAAAGACAACUGUAUGAAACUAGAUGAGGCAAAGAAUGCCCCAAAACUAGUUCCUGUGGAUAUAUUUAGUACAGUAAACUCAGACUCUGUCCAAACCUUUUCCUCCAAUGAUGAAAAUGCAAAACUUUCAAACUCGGAUGAGGCAAAGGUUACUUCGAAGCUGGCUCCUGGGGACGUUCUUGGUUUGGUGAAUUCAGAUUCUAUGCAAGCCCUCCCCUCAAUGGAUGAUGAUGCUAGAGUGAAUACAGUAGAACAGGAUUCAGGAGCUCUAUCUUACCGGCCUCUCCGUUUCCCAGGCUUUGAUGUUCCUUUUCUCAACUUUGAUCUCAUAACAUCUGGUGUUGAUAUGCAGCAAGCAUACAGUCCUUUUGGGAUUCGCCAACUGCUGAUGCAUCCAAUGAACUUUGCCUCACCACGUAGCUUGUGGGAUUCACCAAUUCAUAAAAGUACUCCAGAUGCUAUAUCAGAUAAGGCUGCUAAAAGCUUCACAUGUACAACAUCCAUCAUGAAAAAGAGACUGCAAGAACCCUUGUCACCCGUUGAAGAAACAAAAGGAGACAAAGAAUAUGAAAAGGAUACAAAUAUGAGGACAUUUAGCUUGACCAGUACCUUUUCUUCUCUGGAAUCAAUUUUAGAAGAGAAUGGGGUUUCUGCAAUGUCCAUAUGUUCUAUUGAUUCUCCAGUUGACCAAAAAGUGGAUUUUGAAGACUCCAUUCAGGAUAAAGCUAAUACGGACCGUGCUUUUGAAGAGGAAAAAGAGAACAUUGGGAAUUUGGAGAGCAGAAUAUCAGAGAAAGACAUUGGGAGCACUAAUUCUCCAGAGAAGAUUGUGAAGAAGGGUACCUUGAGUAUCAAUCCUAAGUCCAAGAUCGAUGAUGGCACUUCUGUCCUAAUUCCUACGGGAGUGCUUGUUGAAUGUAACAUAGAUGAACAGCUGGUAUUUUCUCCCAAUAGAGAUGAACACCAAACAACUAGAGCUUUGAGUAUGGCAGUUUUAAGUCCCAGAGGCCAAUAUGUUAUAAGGUUGGAUCCUAAAGCAUACCGGGGUGGCAAUUUAGAGCCAUCAUCUUUGAAAAAUGAGAACUUUGUAGCUGUUGCAUCUACAGAGUGUGCACCAUCAUCACAGCCUCCAGAAACCACUAGUGGAAAUGCUGGGGAUGAUGCUGAUAUAUUUAGCAUUUUUAGAUCUGAGGAGACUCCAAAUAGAAAAAGAGGAAUCGAAUCUCCAUCAGCAUGGAAGUCUCCUUUGUUCGUGAAUACUUUCCUUCCUGGACCAAGAUUUGAUAUGGAUAUGACAUUUGAGGAUUUGGGAUACUUCUUGAGCCCUGGGAUGAGAAGCUAUGACAUUGGGCUGAUGAGACAGCUUAAUGAGGACACCACAACUGUCUUUGCCAACACUUGGGACUGUUUGGCAGGUGAUGAUCCUGUAACGCCCUCAAAGAUAGUAUUCUCCGGCGACCAAAACUUAUCUGGGGAGGAUAAUUGUUUUCUUCAUAACGAGCAGGAGAACAUUCCUCCCAGUGACUUGGCAGGGCAAUGUGUUCCUGAUUUCAGUGGAUGCGGGACGCCUGGGAAGGGUACAGACAAGAAGUUUCUUGAGCACACAGGUGCUACAAGCUUUUCAACCCCCUCAUCCUAUCUGACGAAGAAUUGCAGAUAAUUGACUCUCUCACUCGAUACAGAUAGUGGGUGUACUUAUUUUAUAUUCCUUAUGAAUGUAGCUAUGUUUGUAUAUGUGUGCAGUUUAUAUGAUAUUUUGAGUGUAAGUGCCAACUUCUAAGUUAUGCAGGGUGAUGUAUAUAGUAUAGUUUGUUCAUUACAUUUUAAAGUUGUGCUUGAUUUUCAGACUUGAAGAGUGAUGUAAACUAUGAAUAUGUCAAAUUUAUUAGUAGAGAUUCUUUGUAAUUAAUAAUAUUUUCGUAUUAUGGGGUGAAA